AUGACUGACAAGAGAAAUCUCGAGGUUGGGAUCGUGGGAGCUGGUGCGACGGGGUUGUUGAUCGCACAAGGAUUGAAACUGAAUGGCAUUAAAGCCACCGUCUACGAACGGGAGGAAAAGUCUACAUAUCACACCCGACCUCGAGAAUGGGGAAUGACCUUGCACUUCGGCCAAGAGUACCUGGCCAAAUGCAUCCCAUCGGAACUCAUGGCUCGUCUGGGUGAGGCAUGCUGCGACACGUUCUACACGGGCAAACACACGUCCUGGCCCAUGUUCGACGGCCAGACGGGCGAGAAGUUCUUCGACAUGCAGGGUUUCAAUCCUCUGCGUGUGUCUCGUCGCAAGCUCCGUGCCCUCCUGAGCGACGGUCUAGACGUGCGAUAUGGCUGCAAGGUCGUGUCGGUAUCCCAGGCAAACGGAUCCGCAACUGCCACCUUCUCCGACGGCAGUACGGCCACCGGUGACCUGAUUGUCGGUUGCGAAGGUGUACACUCUUACAUCCGCGAGGCGCUUGUUGGUCAAGACAAAGCCGCCAACUCUCCCAUCGACGUACAGAUGUUCAACGCCUGCUGGUCCCUCCCAGCCGACGUUGCCCUCCUGCAACGCAAAGCCCACCCGAUCUUCCGCAUCGGCUACCACCCGACAGGCAUGAGCUGGGUGACGGCGAUUCAGGACGUCCAAGAUCCCAACGAUCCAUCCACCUUUCUCUUCCAGCAAUGUCUCUCUUGGCCCGGCCGACCACACGCUGAAGAUUUCCCCGACCAGCAAUCCAAAAUCGACUUCAUCAAGUCCAAGGCCGAGAUCUACGCCGAACCUUGGAAAAGCGCUGGCCGCAACAUCCCGCCCGACCUGCCGCUGCAAGUCGACGCCAUCGCGAUAUGGAGGCCAGAUAUGGACUGGUCAUCCAGUCCGCUGUGGCCGCACGUCACGCUGGCCGGGGACGCCGCGCACAAUAUACCUCCGUUCCGCGGUCAGGGGCUGAACAACGCAUUCCAAGACGCCGAGAAGCUCGUGUCGGAACUGAGUGAGGUGAGGAAGGGGAACAAGACGCUCGAGCACGCCGUGAGGGCGUAUGAGGAAGAGAUGAAGGCACGCAGCCUCAAGGAGAUUGAGGUCAGUUUGAUGCAGACCCGCAUGGUGCAUAACUGGGACACUCUGAUGAGCGCCCCCAUGUUCAAGGCCGGCAUGAACGCAUACAGGGACGAAGUCAAGGGCAACUUGGAGACGGCAAGUGGCGGCGAGGUGAAUAGUGCGGAAUAA